ACUUUGACAGAAACAGAUUGGACCUCGAAGAUUCAAUAUUGCAAUACUGAGUGAAUGUUUUUUUUAUUCGUAAAACGUAGUGAAAAAACCAGAAAAUGGAAUCCGUUUCGUCUAAUCUCGAUGCCGCAGAUAACGCCAGCCGAAGUCCAAGAAAUAUAAAUCAAAUGGAAAUCUUUUAUGGCCAUUUGUGUGAAGAUGUUAAUUCGUCAUUCGACAGUCAAUACUAUCCCCGGCCAUGCCACUACCGUUCUACUGACGGAGGUUCACCUCGUCCUGGCCCUUCUUUCCAAGUCUCUGCUAUCGGUAGUCGGUGUCACCACUCCAACAGCCUAGAGAAUAGACGUUCAACACCCCAUGGUUCUUCUUUUAUAUGUGGUCCAUCGCACCGUAAUCGUUUUUCUCUUCAUCAUGAUGUUUCACGCCGCAAUCAGUCCUUUACGUCAAGCAGAACAGACCGUGGCCGUGCUGAUCAAGCUUCUGUCGUUAGUGGUCGAUAUCCUCAACCAUGUCAUUGUCAUCGUUCACGUCGCGAUCAGCCCUUUACGUUAACUCAGCGGAUUGUUUCUUAUGGGAUGAAACUAAGGGCCGAAGGGGGUCCCAAGAAAUAGGUUCUUGCCUACUCCACGACCUAAAUAAGUUGCCAGCUACCGUUGAAACGGUAAUAUAUUAUAGCGAUCGAUGCUCUGGCCAAAACAACAACCGAACGAUAAUCUUCUUAUUAGCGUACUUCAUCGAAACCGUUGCGGAAAGUGGGCGGAAACUACAAAUCUUCCAUAAGUUCAUGGCGAGUGGACAUUCGCAUAUGGAAGUCGACACAAUCCACGGGGCCAUUGAGAAAGCGAAGAAGAAGAAUACAAUGAACAUAGAAAUUCCUCAUGAUUGGGCAAUUCUUAUAGGAAAUAUCCGCCGAAGAGUACCAUUCAACGUAGUUGAACUGUAACAAACACAAAUUCUCAAUUUGAAAUGUUUGGAACAAAGAUACAAACUUCCAAAAAACACUUUCGCAGAUAAGCCGUUCCGCUUGAGAAACACGAUGGUUUUUAAAUUUUCGACUGAAUUUCCGGGAUUUGUCGAACUUAAAGAAAAUAUCAAUGAUGUGACAUUUGAUAAGAUUCGAAUUCUUCCUGAUUUGGCACCUAAUGUAGGUACAGUAGGUUUAAAGCCAAAAGCAUGUGAACCUCUGGAACUACCAAGCGCGAAACUAGUAGACUUAAGAAAACUCAUGCCCUAUGUCAAACAAAAAGAGUACUAUGCCACAUUUUUAAAGACGUUAGUUCCUGCCAAAAGAGGCAAAAGGGCUAAAAAUAACAUAUCUGACCACUUUGAGGCUGAUCUGGAUCCUGAAGACGAUG